UAUAAAUUAUUUUUUCUCAGAACUUGUGGAUAGAAAGAAUUACAUACACAACAGAGUUUGAACUACCUGGCAUUCUCAAGUGGUUCGAGGUAGUAGAUCAAAAAAUGGAUCAGCUGUGUCCGCCACAAUAUGCAUGUGAAACUGUCGAGCGCAACAACAAACAAAUCCGACAGAUUACCCUCCACUACAGAGCAAAUCCUCAGGACAAUAUUCAGCCCUUCACAAUGAGAUUACAAGGAACAAUAGAUGCAGCUGUUAAUGGAGGCGUGGCUAAGUAUCAAGAUGCAUUCUUUGGUCCAGAUUAUCUAGUUAUGUACCCUGAAAAUGCCGACCAUGUUAACAGACUCAAGGUUCUUCUCUCUGAUCAAACAAUGAUUCUGGAGAAUGCCUUGGAUCUCCACGGUAAAAUAGCUCCAUCUGCCAACCAACCACUCCACAGAAGGCUUGUUGAUGUAAGUUGA